GGUAAACCAUCACCGUCAGUAACAUGGUGGAAAGACAACAUUUUGUUGGAUGACAGGUAUGAAACGACCUCUAGAGGCACAGUUCAGAAUCGGCUAGAUAUUCCUGCACUGAAAAGAUAUCACUUGAUGUCUACAUUAAUAUGUCAAGCUUCUAAUAACAACAUGUCUCUCCCUCUGUCGUCUUCCAUCACGUUAAACAUGAAUUUUAGACCCCUCACAGUAACAAUAGUGGAGAAAAGACUGCCACUAUCCUCGGGAAAAAUGGUUCAACUCGAAUGUCGCACUAAUGGGUCUCGUCCUCCAGCGGAAAUAACUUGGUGGAAAGGUUCGACACAGUUGAGAUCCACCAAAAACCGGACUAAUAAAGAUGAAACUUUGACUUCAAGCUUUCUGACAAUCCGGCCCUCUAGGGAAGACGCCGGAAAAUAUCUAUCUUGCAAAGCAGAAAAUCCGAACAUGCCGAAUAGUGCCAUAGAAGACGGCUGGGUGCUUGAAGUUUAUUAUCCACCAGAACUGACUCUACGACUCGGCAGCAAGUUACGACACUCUCACAUUCAAGAAGGAAAUGACGUUUAUUUCGAAUGUAACAUCCGUGCCAAUCCAUGGGUGACAGAAAUUAGAUGGGAGUUUGAAAGGCGCGAACUACAAACGAACACAACUGUCGGUAUCAUUGUGAGCAAUCAAUCGUUGGUGUUACAAAAAGUACGACGGUCUAGUAGAGGUCACUAUAUCUGUUCUGCCAGAAAUUCUGAGGGCGUGAGAGAGAGCAAUGCUGUGUAUUUACGUGUUCAAUAUGCUCCAAUUUGUAAGCCGGACCAAAGAGCUAUCUACGGGGUUCCCAAACAUGACGGUGUGAAAGUACGUUGUGAAGUAGAUGCUGACCCUUCAUCUGUGACCUUCAAGUGGGCUUUCAACAACUCAGUGGAACGUCUGGACAUCGUGGACUUUGUGACAAGCGGUACGGAAAGUCUUGCUUCAUACAUUCCUCGAACUGAAUACGACUACGGGACCCUGCUCUGCUGGGCUAGGAACAGUGUUGGUACACAACGCCAGCCCUGUGGAUUCUUAGUGAUUCCUGCAGGUGUUCCAGACCCGGUCCAUAACUGUUCCGUGUUCAACGAAACAGAUCACAGCUUCCGGGUGGAAUGUGAAGCGGGCUAUAAUGGCGGGCUCGGUCAACAUUUCGUAAUGGAAGUUCUUGAUACGCCUUAUCUGCAACUGCAAGCAAAUAUGACAUCGCCGUUUCCGAUAUUUCGUGCUCGUAAUCUCCCGUCGUCAUCAAGCUUUGUGGUGUUGGUUUACGCUGUCAAUGUCAGAGGCGCAAGCCAGAAACACUUCCUCCGCGUCAAUACACACGCUAGUCCUGAGACUCAAGCUCACAACGUGUCUAACCAGUGGAGAUUGGCUGUUAGCUCAAUGCUAAUUAUUCUGGUUUCGGUUGCUGUUGGUAUCAUCUUAGUUGCAAUUCUAACAAUCUUUGUUAUAAGGUACAGAAGAAAAAAAGGCAGGGAAAAUGGAAAUAAAGAGAGUGAAUACAAAAGCAAAAGAAACCCGGAAAAAUACGACUCUCCAGCAAGCCUAAACGUUUUACCAGUGGAAGAAAAAUGUCCGGACUUAAUACCAGGCAAUAGUGUCCACCUCCAUGCGAACCCCUCACCAGACCUUAAAAACCAUGAUGGUGACGAGCUAAGUACACCUCCGUUACUUAGGACAACGCACGAAAUGUUGGAUCGAUCUGCCAGGGAAUUCUCUCCCACUGAAAGACAGCUUUCUCUGACGGCCCCAGAACCCCUCAGUGACAUGCGUGACCUCCCUUACUCUGAGGGACAGCGCAGGGUAAAAAAGGUUUUACCGGCACGGAAGCACGUGGAGGAACAGUGGUUUCCAUUUAACAGCAAUCACACUAAUGUCUGAUGGAAUCAGAGCCGAAUUCAAUAGGCAAUCUAAGCACGAAGAAAGGUACUCCAGUCGUUUGAAUGUUGACAACUAACUGUCAACACGCUACGUGUGGUUUUAACCCCAUCGCGCUCAAGACAACGGAGGACGUCCUAAAUCCCCAAAACCACAAACCGUAAAUAUUGAAAACAACAAACUGCACAUUGCUUUUCAGUUUAAAUAUUUCUCUCUCUUUGUUAACAAUUGGAUAUGGUGUGUGUGCUGUGUACGUUGUACAUUCUAUGCUGACCACGAAAACGUGUUUUCAUGUUUUUCGUAAAACAUAUUGUUUUUAUCUUUCUGUACAUACCAGUGUGCAACUUUAGUUACAAUCUAAAUUCAAAUGUUAUAUUUAUCAAUAUUUUUGGUCAAUAGUCAGCAUUAUACUGGAAAAUACUCAGGUUUGGCGAAAAACGAUUUUGAUCAACUUAUCUGUCUGAAUAGCUGUGGCAGAGAAGACUGACAAUUCCAGUAAAAUCACUGAAAUUCAUAUAAAACUAAACCGUUUGAGGCCAAAGUGUUAAAUAAAUAUUCGUUUUCGUAUUUCACCGAAUAAUGGCAUUUCUAGUGUUUUCAGUCUUUCUUUAGAAAGAUACUGUUUCUGCUCUUCAACUCUGUA